AUGAUUAGUACAAUCUCAUGGAAUAUUAGGAGUGUUAGAACUGUAAGUGCUUUUGAAAGACUCAAAACUUUAAAGAACCAAUACAAAAUCUCUUUUAUCAGCUUGCAAGAACCUUUUAUCCGAGCAGAACAAGUCGGUUUCUAUAUGAGACACUUGGAUAUGCAAGGUUCUUAUGUGAAUAUUAACAAUAAAAUUUGGCUCUUUUGGACCAAUGAUUUCAAUGUCAACAUCAUCAAAGAUUCUAAACAACAUAUUACUUGCCACAUUAAUCAUGUAGCUUCAGGAAUUGCUUACCAUGCAUCCUUUGUUUAUGCUAAGUGCAGGACAACUUUGAGGAAGCUCCUUUGGGAAGAUCUAAGCUCUUUGUCUAACACAAUUCAAGGAUCAUGGAGCAUUCUGGGAGAUUUUAAUGUCAUAGCUGAGGUGGAAGAAAAGACCGGAGGCACUCCAUAUAGAUUGGACAAAAGUUUUGAUUUCAUUAAUUUUAUUGAGGAAUGUGGGAUGCAAGAUGCAGGUUUUGCAGGGAAUAUUAACACAUGGUGUAAUAACAGGGAUGCGCCAAACACCAUCUGGAAAAGACUGGAUAGAGUCUUGUACAAUUCUGAGUGGUUUGAUAGUUUUAACACUACUUAUGUUACUCAUUUACCUAUUACCUGCUCUGAUCACUCUCCUUUAAUUGUGCAGUUCAGUAAUAGAGAAGAGGAAUUCAUCAAAUACUUUAAGUUUCUAAAUAUUUGGACAGAGCAUCCUUAA